GAGAGACAUAAAACUGAAGCCUCUCCUUCCUUGCUUUCCCACUUCCCUGGCUCUUCGCGCGUCCUAUCACCCUGCACCUUUUUCUCUCCCUCUUUCUUUUUCUGUCUUUCAUCAAAACACACACACAUAUUCAUGUCUCUCCCUCCAUUUCUGAAACCACAACAAAAGCAAUGAGAUACUCCUUCUAUUUGAGUUUUGUUUUUUGAGCCAGGUUCUCUGUAAGUUUUGGGCACAAACAAAGGGCAAGAUGUCUAGCUUUGUGGGUGUUGUUGUUAACGAUACAGAGCUGCAGAGCCAAUUCACCCAAGUCGAGCUUCGUACCCUCAAAUCAAAAUUUCUUUCAACAAAGACUCAGAAUGGGCGCGUCGCGCUUAAAGAUUUGCCGGGUAUUUUUGCAAGUCUCAGGUCUUUUAAUGAAACGUUCAGAGAAGAGGAGAUUAAGACCAUCUUGGAGGAGUCAAAAAAGGACAGUGGUGAAGAACUUGAAUUCGAGUCGUUUCUGCGGGCACAUUUGAAUUUGCAAGCCCGUGCAGGCGCAAAAUCUGGUCGUUUCAAAAAAACUGCUUCAUUUCUCAAGGCAACCACUACAAAGGUUGUCCACUCGAUCAAUGAAAAUGAAAAGGCUUCGUAUGUCCACCACAUUAACAACUACCUGGCAGAAGAUUCGUUCUUGAAGAAGUAUCUUCCAUUAGAUCCAGCUACAAAUGCUUUAUUUGAUCUUGCGAAAGAUGGAGUACUUCUUUGUAAGCUCAUCAACAUAGCAGUUCCUGGGACUAUAGACGAGCGUGCUAUCAACACUAAAGGGGUCCUUAAUCCAUGGGAGAGAAAUGAGAACCAUACACUUUGUCUUAAUUCAGCAAAAGCUAUUGGCUGCACUGUGGUUAACAUUGGUACACAGGAUUUGGCUGAAGCAAGGCCUCAUCUCCUGCUCGGCUUAAUUUCUCAAAUUAUCAAGAUUCAACUGUUAGCUGAUCUUAAUCUGAAGAAAACUCCACAGCUUGUGGAAUUGGUGGAUGACAGCCAGGAGGUGGAGGAGCUCUUGGGUCUACCACCAGAGAAGGUUCUACUAAAAUGGAUGAAUUUUCAUCUGAAGAAAGCUGGAUACGAAAAACAAGUGACAAACUUCUCUUCUGAUGUCAAGGAUGGAGAGGCUUAUGCUUACCUGAUUAAUGCUCUUGCACCCGAGGUCUCAGGCCCCGCUGCCUUGGAUACAAAAGAUCCUACACAAAGAGCAACCAUGGUUCUCGAGCAAGCUGAGAAAUUGGAUUGCAAAAGAUUUCUCUCUCCUAAAGAUAUUGUUGAGGGCUCACCAAAUCUUAAUCUUGCAUUUGUUGCACAAAUCUUCCAGCACAGGAAUGGAUUGAGUGCAGAUAGUAAAAAAAUGUCUUUUGCUGAGAUGAUGACAGAUGAUGCAGAAACUUCUCGGGAAGAGAGAUGCUUUCGUCUGUGGAUUAACAGCCUUGGAACUGCAACCUAUGUUAAUAAUCUUUUUGAAGAUGUUAGAAAUGGAUGGGUUCUUUUGGAAGUGCUUGACAAAAUUUCUUCUGGAUCAGUCAACUGGAAAAAAGCCUCAAAGCCUCCAAUAAAAAUGCCAUUCAGAAAGGUUGAGAAUUGUAACCAAGUUAUAGAGAUUGGGAAGGAAUUAAAUUUCUCGCUUGUGAAUGUAGCUGGUAAUGAUAUUGUGCAAGGAAAUAAGAAGCUCAUACUGGCUUAUUUGUGGCAGUUGAUGAGGUUUAGUAUGCUUCAACUCCUGAGAAACUUGAGAUCACACUCCCAUGGUAAAGCUGGUAAAGAGAUAACUGAUGCUCAAAUUCUGAACUGGGCAAACAAUAAAGUGAAGAAGUCGGGUAGAACCUCCCAAAUGGAGAGUUUCAAGGAUAAAAAUCUCUCAAGUGGAAUUUUCUUCCUUGAGCUUCUUAGUGCUGUGGAGCCAAGGGUGGUCAAUUGGAGUCUUGCCACAAAGGGAGAAACUGAGGAAGACAAGAAGGGGAAUGCAACAUAUAUAAUUAGUGUCGCUCGAAAGCUUGGUUGCUCCAUUUUCUUGUUACCUGAGGACAUUAUGGAGGUAAACCAGAAGAUGAUCCUUAUUUUGACUGCAAGCAUCAUGUACUGGAGUAUGCAGCAAGCAGGAGCAGAAUCAGAGUCGGCCACUGACAGUCCCGUGGGCACCCCUACUAAAGCUUCUAAAUCUGGUGAGAGCGAAGCAGGUUUGGCUAGGGAAGUCUCGAACUUGUCCAUCACUGGCAAUACUACUUCCCAACAGACAGGAAAUCAAUCUUCUCAAGAAUCAAAAGACCUCCCAAAUAGUUGAAGGAUGACAGGAUAAGGAUUUACAUGUAUUUAUUUCUUUUAGAAAACAGGAAUAAGAGGAAGCUUGAUUGCAAUUAUCAGACGCUCUCUUGCUCUUGAUCUUCAUGCAGGGACUCAUUUAUUUGAUGGGGCUCAUAAACCACAGGAGGAAAAGGAAAAGUUUUGUAAAUUUUGUUAGUUUAUUUUUCCUAUUAGGUUAUAUACUCUUUCAAUGGGCAUUGUUUGUCGAAUAAUGUGAUGGCGGGAGAAAGCAAUAUUUAUACAGAAAAGAUUAAAUUUUUAGAUU